CAUGAAGAAGUCGACGCUCUCAGUCUUGUCCCGGUGCCCCUCAAGCAGACGUCACAGAGCCCAGCAGAGAUGCCAGUGGACCAGCAGUUCUUUUGUAAAACCCUCAAGAUUUAAUUCGAGCUUUUUUUGUGUGUGUACGAAUACGAUCUCGCUGUAUGCGCCUUGAUUGUACUCACAAUUUGUCCAAAAGAGAGCGAAAAGACCGCGAGAAAGGGCGAGAAGUCACGACGAGGACUUGUGAGACUUGCACAAACAAUCCCUCCUCCUCCUCCUCAUCCUCAUCCUUCUUCCUCCUCGUUUAUUCUUAUUUUUUGCCGAGGAAGAGACAAAGGAGCACCGCCUGCGGAAACAUGAGCUUUCUCUUCGGAAGUCGGUCGUCCAAGACGUUCAAGCCCAAGAAAAACAUACCGGAGGGCUCGCACCAGUACGAGCUGUUGAAACACGCCGAGGCCACGCUCGGGAGCGGCAACCUGCGCAUGGCCGUCAUGUUGCCCGAGGGCGAAGACCUCAACGAGUGGGUCGCGGUCAACACCGUGGACUUCUUCAACCAGAUCAACAUGCUGUACGGAACCAUCACAGACUUUUGCACGGAGGAGAGCUGCCCCGUCAUGUCGGCCGGUCCAAAGUACGAGUAUCACUGGGCUGAUGGCACCAACAUCAAGAAACCCAUCAAGUGCUCCGCGCCCAAAUACAUCGAUUACCUGAUGACUUGGGUGCAAGACCAGCUGGAUGACGAGACACUUUUCCCCUCCAAGAUCGGCGUCCCGUUUAAGCGCAACUUCAUGUCGGUGGCCAAGACCAUCCUGAAGCGUCUCUUCCGCGUCUACGCACACAUCUACCACCAGCACUUUGACUCUGUCAUGCAGCUGCAGGAGGAGGCCCACCUCAACACGUCCUUCAAACACUUCAUCUUCUUCGUCCAGGAAUUCAACCUGAUCGACAGGAAAGAGUUGGCGCCGCUUCAGGAGCUGAUCGAGAAGCUGACCACGAAGGACAGAUAAACGCUGUCAUCCUUCGUCUUUUAAACGAUCUUCUAGUUUUGCACAGACAUCCCCAUUCCCUCAUCCCUCCCCCCCUCAACUCUCCUCGGCUGUAUGUAUGCAGUAUAAACUAUAUUUCCAUUUGGGGAAAUGUUUUUAAAUGAGACGCCGGAACGGGUCUAGAUGGGUUUUAAAUGCACCGGGACCUGAGCUUAUCAGGAAGCGGAGUGAAGAGCAACACUCCUCCCGCCGCUAUGUACCGACUAGCUUCGUGUGACAAUAGUGGCUUCCGAUGAUACAAAAAUAGUGCCCAGAUGUCAUCCUCGAAGCCAUUCCGAGAGCAGAAAGUUUUUCAGUAUUUUCUUCGUUUGCUGCUUUUCUCCACGAGUAGGAAACGCAUACCAAGUGCCUGGUCCAGCAUCUGCGGCGAGAACUGUACCAAGGUGUAAAGAUCCAUGCAGCCAUUUGACAUUGACUGACACGCUAAAUCCCGGCUCAUCUCCUGUAGCCGCUGCAUUUAAUGAGUUAUGCAUAUUUUCCAUUAGCCGUUUUCAUUAGGUGGUAAAUUGGUGCAUCAAAGGGUGUUAACGGUAGAGCUGGGAUAUAUUCGCCUGUGCCUUUUCGGAUAGAACUUUACCCGAGUGAGACAGACAGAACUUUCACACCAGUUGCGACUUGCCUGUUGGAGAUAAUUAAAUGCAUGGCGACGUCAUUGCGUUCAAUUGCUGGAGGCGUUCCCACCCCGUUACACCUCUGGUACAACUUUGGGUUGACUUCCAGCACCCUCUUAUGACAUGGUUAUCCAACACCAAUGUUUUCCAACCUUUACUGAGCCUAGGCGCAUAAUUUACAGUGGAGGGGUGUCAAUUAAUCAUGGAUUUUCAGUAUUCACUGUCAAGAAAUGGGUCACUUUGAGGAAACGAAAAGAAGAACUCACUUGCACCGUUCUCCUAACAAGGGGCAAAUCGGGCUACCAAGUUUUUUUUUUUUUUUUGUCCCUCUCACUUGGAAGGUUACUUUAAAACUAACACAAAACAAAAGAAUUAAACGUAUAUUAAAACACUAAACAAUGCCAUUUCAUCUAACGAAGGUCAGCUAGCCUAAUGCUAUCAUAUAAUAACUGCAUAGAUGGGCUAGCAGAAAUUAGCAUCUAUGCCACGGUAAGAAUAAAACUUCAAAUCACUGGCAUCUAUUUUCUCUGCUCUGUGGGAAUGACGACCAUUGCUGGACUUUAGUUGGGUACCUUCUCUCCCUCUUUUUCUUUCAGUCGAUCUCAGUGCUGCCUUGUUGUGGCACAACGUGGUACUACACCGAAAAUGUGCACGUCUGCAUUCGGACUUGCCUGAAUAUUGUAAAAACCCAUACAAAAUGACUACUUGCAAAGCCCCGAUUCAGCAGAGGCACUAACGACGAAUAGCGAUUAUAGCGGGGGGUUUCCCUCAGUGUACCUCCGAAGGUGGGAAGUUGCCACGACUUUGACCACUUCUCCCGACUUCUUGCCGGAAUGUCUACUCUCCAUAGACUCGCGCUUUGUCACGCGACCCAACAUCUUUUUCUCCUUCGCCAAAACUGAAUGUCCGCCUGCUCCGCUCAUGAGGCUCAACUGAGAUAUUUUUUUUAUUUGAUUUUGCAUGCACAUUGCCCGCUCUAAAAGUGUACUUUACUAUGCAAUAAGAAUUGGCACGCUUAAAAAAAAAAAAAAAAAAAAAGAGGGUUUCUCCGUUGUCGCAUUCACGCUGGAUAUAGUUGUUUUUACUUAUUUAGAUGUUUGGGUUUUGAAAAGAUUGGCUUCGCUUUAGUUUUGAAUGAGUUUUUAGAGUGUUUUUUAAUUUAAAAUUUGUUUUUUUUAGAUACAUAUGCUGUAUGUUUGCCAGAGGUUAUACUACAACGCACAAGAUGUAAAUAAUGACUUCUACGAAGGAGUAUUGGGGAAAGACAAAGGGAUACCUUCAUUUUUACAAUAAAUGUGUACUAUUAACGUAUACUUUUACAAGAAUAAAGUUGUCCUUUUUACAGGAUAAAAUUGCAAUAUUGAGUGCAUAAACGUACAGUUGCGUUAAACUCACAAAUUCACAAAAUAUUUUAGGAUGUUACCUGAUGAAUAUAUUGGUUUAUUAUAUAUAACAUCUUGACUCUUUUUGUAUUUUUUUUCCCUGUUACAGUAUUACUUCUUUAUAUUGGUAACAGCAUGUCUGCAAUAUUAAAAUGUAAUCUCUAUACAUUACACAUUUUCCUCCCCUGUAAUAUGACAAUGUAGUCUUGUUAAUUACACUCCCCCCCAAAAUUAUAUUGUGACUUAAUAUUACAAAAUUGAUUCUGGUAACGUUACGACCAUAUUUAUGACCCCCCCCCCCCCCCGUGUAUUAUGAAUACACUGGCAACAUUAAAACUUUGUCCCAGAAAUAGUACAACUUUGCACUGGUAAUUACUUUUUCAGUGUAUUCUUGCGUGUUUCUUACUUUUUUUCAUGUAAGUAACCUUUUUGUAUUUUACUGCCUAAUACUCCUUCGUAGUUUUAACUAUUCUGUGAAAGAUGCCUUUAAAUAAGCAUGGAGUUUUUUUAUUUUAUUGUUUUAUUUUUUUUUUUUAAACGCAGCUUUCCCAUCCCUCAGUUUGGAUAUUCAAAUUGUGUUCGUUGGCUUUGGUUGUUGCUUUCUCAGCUUAUCAUUAUGAACGUGUUCACACAUCAAAUACGAAAUAAUACGAAAGAAACCCGGAAGCAUCUCCCAGCUUGGCUUGUUGCUUCCUUGUUUUCCUCUCUCGCUCUCUCUCUCGGCUGUAUUCAUUGAGGAACUGUGUGUACAUAAUAGCUCGGUAUGGAUGUUCUAAUGCUGCUGAAAUGAAUUCUGCUGUUUACAAGGCAAAUAAAGUUGGCGUUGACUCUUU